UUUCAUGACAACUUUAUCACCAACAAGGUUUUAUCAGCAGAAUGACCAGAAUUCAGUCUCUGAGAAGACCAUUUCCAAGUAUUAUGACCGAAAAAUGAAGGAAAUUGAAGAAACUAGGAAAGAAAAAAGAAGAAUGAGGAAGGGCUUGCUUACCCUCAGAAGUGAUUCUUAUUGUGGUUCUCAAGAAAUGGACAUUCAACACAGAACCCUUGCUUAUCCAGUUGAUAAAGCUCAGAAGAUCCAAGCUGCUCGCGGUAGAUUUAUGAAGAAUAAUAUAAAUUUACACCCAAUGUUCAGAAAAUAGCAGGAAAUCACUAGGAAUUAUUAAGAAGAAUAAUGAGCUGGCUGCCAAUAACAGCACACAGAAAUUAAUCCGCUUGAUCAAGAAGAUCAAGGAAACUAGAGUUAAAAAAGGACAAAAUGAUAGCUUUAGUCCUACAAGACAAAAAUCUGAGUUGGCUAUUACUGACCAAAGCAACCUAGCUGAAGAGUUCACGCCCAAGUCACCUAAUCUGAAGCCAGCUUUGAAGAAUUGUCUGACAAAUAAGGAGCGGGCUGAGAGACUUCAGGAGUUAAAAUAAAAGGCGACAGGACAGAAGAAAGAUUUCCUCUUUCCCUUUCAAACAGCGGGUGAUGAAUAGAAACGAUUGUAACCAUAAAGGCAAUUUCCUACUAAACAGUGCACAAAGACUUCCUGGUUUCAGCCAGACUAUUUAUAAUCGAAAAGAGAGUGAAGGUAACCUCAUUCAUUCUGAAGAUACUCUCUUGAAUGGACAGAAGAACGGCAAAAUUAAUAUUGAAGCUCAAGCUGCAGGCCUUAAAAAACCAAGGAACCAAUAUGGAAUUGUUGUGACAGAGGAAAGAGAGAUGAUCCCUCCUCCUGAAUUUUAUAAGAAUCGGAAGAAACAAGGGAGAUAUAAUGAUGCACAUAUUAAAGAAACAUGGGGAGAGCUCUUCCCUUAUAAAGGCCUGUGGGAAGGCAAAGAUGUAGCAGAGCAGCUUAAGAAAUACUCUUUGAAAAGACAUGGAAUAUUGUCCAAUAGUUUAGACAGAAAGCAUCUUCAAAAACCCAAUAAUUUCCUCAGAAAAUCAGACCACAUUUUUAAGCUUGUAGACUUCCAAAAGCACUCAAUCUUAAGGGACUUAGAGAUCGGACAUUUUAAGGUCUAA